AAAGAAAAGGAAAGGCGGGGAAAGGCCCGCCCGAGGCGGGCGCAGAUGGAUGACGUCCAGGCGUCGCGCUCGGGUUCGCCGGUCCCAGCGUGUGGCCGUACCUUAGAGAUGGCAUCUCGUAGCCGGAGACCCGAACACAGCGGACCGCCGGAGCUGUUUUAUGACCAGAAUGAAGCCCGGAAAUACGUUCGCAACUCACGGAUGAUUGACAUCCAGACCAAGAUGACUGAGCGAGCACUGGAGCUCCUCUGUUUACCAGAGGGUCAGCCCUCUUACCUGUUAGACAUUGGCUGUGGUUCUGGACUGAGUGGAGAUUAUAUCUCAGAAGAGGGACACUACUGGGUGGGCAUUGACAUCAGCCCUGCCAUGUUGGAUGCCGCCUUGGACCGGGACACAGAGGGAGACCUGCUGCUAGGGGACAUGGGCCAGGGCGUCCCUUUCAGACCGGGCUCUUUUGAUGGCUGCAUCAGCAUCUCUGCCGUGCAGUGGCUCUGCAACGCCAACAAGAAGUCGGACAUCCCUGCCAGGCGCCUGUACCACUUCUUUUCUUCCUUGUACUCUGCCCUUGUCCGUGGGGCCCGAGCUGUCCUGCAGCUGUACCCCGAAAACUCAGAGCAGCUGGAGCUGAUCACAACCCAGGCCACGAGGGCAGGCUUCACUGGCGGCGUGGUGGUAGACUUCCCCAACAGUGCCAAAGCCAAGAAGUUCUACCUCUGUCUGUUUUCUGGGCCUUCCACCUCCCUGCCCAAGGGGCUGACUGAAAGUCAGGACGCAGACCAGGCCUCCGAGUCCACGUUCACCAGUGAGCGGGCCCCACACAAGAAGGCACGGAGGGACCUGGUGAAGAAGAGCCGGGAGUGGGUCCUAGAGAAGAAGGAGAGGCGCAGGCGCCAGGGCAAGGAGGUCAGACCUGACACCCAGUACACCGGCCGCAAGCGCAAGCCCCGCUUCUGAGGACACUGCAUCUAAUCAGUUGGAGAGAGAGCCUGGCCACCCACACCUGCAGCCGGCCCUGCAGACGGUCCUGGCCACCCACUCUGUUCAGAGAGUGGGAGCUGCCCAACCCAGGACCUGCCUCUGGGGAAGUCUCUGGACUGAACUGUUUACCUCAGCAGCUAGCAACAUAGUAUUUUAGAAAAGUUGGGAGGCUCUCAAAAUAUUUUUUCACCAAAAGAGUUCCAGGUAUCUGGGUUUGGCAGCUCAGAUCCUGUAAUCCCAACACCCUCCUGGGAGUCUGAGACAGGAAGAUGGAAAGUUCUAGGCCAGUCUGGGCUACACAGCAAAAACCUGUCUUACAAAAACAAAAAGAAAAGAAUUUCUAAGGAUGUUUUAUUUUGUCUUAAAUGCAUUAAAUUACUUUCUAAGUAA